AGCUGUAUGUCGGGGAUGGAAAACAAAUAAAAAGGAAAUAGCUGCAGGAUGAAAACAUGGCCGCACCCCUUAUUGCAACCCCAGGACCUCACAGCUUCAAGAAAUUCACACCUGAGUCGCUCGCUAAUAUCGAGAAGCGCAUACAGGAAGAGAAGAACAAGAAGCCACCCAAGCCCAGAUCGGACAGUAGUCACCGUGACACAUCUGACGACAAUGAGCCCAAGCCCAACAGUGACCUGGAGGCCGGGAAGAGCCUGCCCUUCAUCUACGGCGAUGUUCCUAAUGGGAUGAGUUCCACGCCGUUGGAGGAUCUGGACCCAUACUAUUUGAACAAGAAAACCUUUAUAGUCCUAAACAAAGGGAAAACACUCUUCCGCUUCAGUGCCACGCCCUCCUUGUACAUCUUAAGCCCUUUUAAUCUACUUAGGCGAAUAGCAAUUAAGAUUUUGAUACAUUCGUUAUUCAGCAUGAUCAUCAUGUGUACCAUUUUGACCAACUGUAUAUUCAUGACAUUUAGUGACCCCCCAGAAUGGUCCAAACAAGUAGAGUAUACCUUCACGGGUAUCUAUACAUUUGAGUCACUCACAAAGAUUGUUGCCCGAGGUUUUGCUAUCGAUGGCUUCACCUUUCUCAGAGACCCAUGGAACUGGCUGGACUUCAUGGUCAUUUCAAUGGCAUAUAUAACAGAGUUUGUGGACCUUGGAAAUGUCUCGGCGCUGAGAACGUUCAGGGUUCUCCGAGCAUUAAAAACAAUUUCUGUCAUUCCAGGCCUGAAGACCAUUGUUGGUGCUCUGAUCCAGUCUGUGAAGAAGCUGUCGGAUGUGAUGAUCCUGACUGUCUUCUGUCUCAGUGUCUUUGCUCUGAUCGGACUGCAGCUUUUCAUGGGGAAUCUGCGGAAUAAAUGUGUCAUUUGGCCGAUUAACAUGACUGCACAGUACCUGGAAAAUGGCACGAGGGGUUUUGACUGGGACAGAUACAUCAUGAACGACUCUAAUUUCUACUUCCUCCCGGGUAUGCUGGAUGCUCUAAUCUGUGGAAAUAGUUCUGACUCAGGACGAUGUCCAGAGGGUUUUACAUGCAUGAAAGCUGGAAGGAACCCCAACUAUGGUUACACCAGCUUUGACAGUUUUGGAUGGGCCUUCCUUACCCUCUUUCGACUCAUGACACAAGACUUCUGGGAGAAUCUCUACAUGCUGACUCUGCGAGCCGCAGGGAAAACCUACAUGGUUUUCUUUGUGCUGGUCAUCUUUGUGGGAUCCUUCUACCUGGUGAAUCUCAUCUUGGCUGUGGUGGCCAUGGCUUAUGAGGAGCAGAACCAGGCCACAAUGGAGGAGGCGGAGCAAAAAGAGGCAGAAUUCAAGGCUAUGCUAGAACAGCUCAAAAGGCAACAAGAGGAGACCCAGGCUGCUGCCAUGGCAACAUCAGCAGCUUCAGUGUCAGAGGCUGCAUUAGAGGAUGAAGGAGGGGGGCACUUGUCUCGCAGCUCCUCUGAAGUCUCCAAGCUGAGCUCCAAGAGUGCCAAAGAGCGCCGAAAUCGCAAGAAGAAAUGGCGCCAAAAAGAGCAGGAGAAGGAGAAAGGUGACAGUGAGAAGGUAGUGAAGUCUGAGUCAGACGAUGGUAGCAAGAGAAGCACCAUUCGUUUCCCAGGAAGUCGACUGGGAAGAAAGACAUCCAUCAUGAACCAGUCCCUGCUCAGCAUCCCUGGCUCACCCUUCAUGUCGCGCCACAACAGCCGCAGCAGCAUCUUCAGCUUCAAAGGCCGCUCCAAGGACAUGGGCUCAGAGAACGAGUUUGCAGACGAUGAGCACAGUACAGUGGAGGAGAGCGAAGACCGCCGGGGCUCCCUUUUCAUACCUUACCGUCGCAACAGCUACAGCGGCUACAGUCAAGGUUCAUCCCGGAUUCAUCCAUUGGCACCCCACUCUGGAGGGAAGAGGAACAGCACAGUGGACUGCAACGGCGUAGUGUCUCUCAUCGGCCCGGGGCCCGGCAGACGGCUUCUGCCUGAGGUGAAAAUAGAUAAGGCAGCCACUGAUGACAGUACUACAGAUGUGGAGAUUAAGAAGAAACACUCUGGCUCUCUCAUGGUAUCUGUGGAUCAGCUCAACUCCUCUUUCAAAGGAAAGGAUCGUGCCAACAGUCAGAUGAGUGUGGUCACUAACACACUGCUAGAAGAGUUGGAAGAGUCUCAGAGAAAGUGUCCUCCCUGCUGGUACAAGUUUGCUAACACGUUCCUAAUCUGGGAGUGUUUCCCCAUGUGGCUAAAGAUCAAGCAUAUAGUCUACUUGAUUGUCAUGGACCCAUUUGUUGACCUGGCCAUCACCAUCUGUAUUGUGCUCAACACCCUUUUCAUGGCUAUGGAGCACUACCCCAUGACUGAGCAGUUUGAGGGUGUCCUGGCUGUUGGCAACCUGGUUUUCACCGGAAUCUUUGCUGGUGAGAUGUUUGCCAAGUUGAUUGCAAUGGAUCCCUAUUACUAUUUCCAAGAGGGAUGGAACUGCUUCGAUGGCUUCAUUGUGACCCUGAGUUUGGUUGAGCUGGGUCUGGCUGAUGUGGAGGGUCUUUCAGUUCUCAGGUCUUUCCGAUUGUUAAGAGUGUUUAAACUGGCCAAAUCAUGGCCCACACUCAACAUGCUGAUCAAGAUCAUCGGCAACUCAGUAGGAGCUCUGGGUAACUUAACCCUGGUGUUGGCCAUCAUUGUCUUUAUCUUUGCCGUGGUGGGCAUGCAGCUGUUUGGGAAAAGCUACAAGGAUUGCGUAUGUAAGAUCGCCCCAGACUGUGAGCUGCCACGCUGGCACAUGCACGACUUCUUCCACUCCUUCCUGAUUGUGUUCCGAGUCUUGUGUGGAGAGUGGAUUGAGACCAUGUGGGACUGUAUGGAAGUGGCGGGGCAGGGCAUGUGCCUGAUCGUCUUCAUGAUGGUCAUGGUUAUUGGAAACCUUGUGGUGCUGAACUUGUUCCUGGCCCUGCUGCUGAGCUCAUUCAGUGCAGACAACCUUGCUGCCACGGAUGAUGACGGUGAGCCCAACAACCUCCAGCUUGCCGUUGCGCGCAUUAAAACAGGGAUUGCUUGGUUUAAAGUCAACUCUCGGAUCUUUAUUGCCACGGUGCUCAAAAAGCCAAUAGAGGACGAACAAAAGCCUCUGGAUGAAAUGUAUGAGAAGAAGCUCAACUGCAUUGCAAACCACACAGUGGACAUCAACCGUGAGCUGGACUAUCCUAAAAAUGGCAACGGCACCACCAGUGGCAUUGGAAGCAGUGUGGGAAAGUACAUGAUUGAUGAGGACUACAUGUCCUUCAUCCACAACCCCAAUCUCACCGUGUGCGUUCCUAUUGCUGUUGGCGAGUCAGACUUUGAAAACCUUAAUACGGAAGACUUCAGCAGUGAAUCGGAUGUGGAAAACAGUAAAGAUCUUGAUGACACCAGUUCCUCAGAGGGCAGCACGAUAGACAUCAAGCCUGAUGUGGAAGAGGUGGCUGUUGUUGAGGUUGUGGAGGAAUACGUGGACCCCGAUGCCUGCUGGACCGAUGAAUGUAUAGCCAAAUACAAGUGCUGUGAUGUUCCUAUCACUCAUGGAUGGGGAAAGCACUGGUGGUUUCUGAGGAAGACGUGCUACCUGAUUGUAGAACACAACUGGUUUGAAACACUCAUCAUCUUUAUGAUCCUGCUCAGCAGUGGAGCCCUGGCCUUUGAGGAUGUUUACAUUGAACAGAGGAAGACUGUCCGCAUCAUUCUGGAAUAUGCUGAUCGGGUUUUCACUUAUAUCUUCAUCCUGGAGAUGUUGCUGAAAUGGGUGGCUUAUGGCUUUGUCAAGUACUUCACUAAUGCUUGGUGCUGGUUAGACUUCUUCAUUGUGGAUGUGUCUAUAGUCAGCCUUAUAGCUAAUGCUUUGGGCUACUCCGAUCUAGGCCCGAUUAAAUCUCUCAGGACACUGAGGGCCUUGAGACCCCUCAGGGCCCUGUCACGUUUUGAAGGGAUGAGGGUUGUGGUGAACGCUCUGGUGGGUGCAAUUCCCUCCAUUAUGAAUGUGCUGCUGGUGUGUCUCAUCUUCUGGCUCAUCUUCAGCAUCAUGGGCGUCAACUUGUUUGCUGGGAAGUAUUAUUAUUGUUUCAACCAGACGGCUGAGGAGUACUUUCAACCAGAUGAAGUGAACAACAAAACCGAGUGCUUUGCACUCAUUAAUCAAAAUUACACCGAAGUCAGGUGGAAAAACGUCAAGAUCAAUUUUGACAAUGUGGGUGCUGGAUACCUGGCUCUCUUACAAGUGGCCACAUUCAAAGGUUGGAUGGACAUCAUGUAUGCAGCAAUUGAUUCUAGAAGGGUGGAGGACCAGCCGCUCUAUGAAGACAACCUGUACAUGUACAUCUAUUUUGUCAUAUUCAUCAUCUUUGGCUCCUUCUUCACGUUAAACCUCUUCAUUGGUGUCAUCAUCGAUAACUUCAACCAACAAAAGAAAAAGUUUGGAGGUCAGGAUAUUUUCAUGACAGAAGAGCAAAAGAAAUACUACAAUGCCAUGAAAAAACUAGGGUCAAAGAAACCACAAAAACCAAUACCCAGGCCCCAGAACAAAAUUCAAGGCAUGGUGUUUGACUUUGUAACACAGCAGGUGUUUGACAUCUCCAUCAUGAUUCUCAUCUGCCUCAAUAUGGUCACUAUGAUGGUGGAGACAGACGACCAGUCAGCGGACACAGAGAUUGUUCUUUACUGGGUCAACUUUGUCUUCAUUGUGGUCUUCACUGGAGAGUUUUUACUGAAGCUCUUUGCACUGCGUCACUAUUACUUCACCAAUGGCUGGAACAUCUUUGAUGUGGUGGUGGUCAUCCUUUCAAUUGUGGGAAUGUUUCUGGCUGAACUGAUUGAGAAAUACUUUGUGUCGCCAACGCUAUUCAGGGUGAUUCGUCUGGCACGUAUUGGCAGAAUCCUGCGUCUCAUCAAGGGCGCUAAAGGAAUUAGAACUCUGCUGUUUGCCCUCAUGAUGUCACUUCCUGCCUUGUUCAACAUCGGCCUCCUACUUUUCCUGGUUAUGUUCAUUUUCUCUAUCUUUGGCAUGUCUAACUUUGGCUAUGUGAAAUAUGGGGCCGGAAUCGAUGACAUGUAUAAUUUCGAGACUUUUGGGAACAGCAUGAUCAUCCUGUUUAUGAUCACCACGUCAGCUGGCUGGGACGGCCUGCUUCUGCCCAUCCUAAACUACCCUCCAGAUUGUAACCCUAUUUUGGAAAACCCUGGUACUCCCGCCACUGGAGACUGUGGUAACCCAUCUGUGGGCAUCUUCUUCUUUGUAAUGUACAUCAUCAUAUCUUUCCUAAUUGUGGUCAACAUGUACAUUGCCAUCAUCCUGGAGAAUUUCAGUGUGGCCACUGAGGAAAGUGCGGACCCGCUCAGUGAGGAUGACUUUGAGACCUUUUAUGAAAUUUGGGAGAAGUUUGACCCAGAUGCCUCCCAGUUCAUCACCUAUUCCAAGCUUUCAGAUUUUGCUGAUGCACUUGAACACCCACUUCGUGUUCCUAAGCCUAACACUAUUGAGCUGAUUGCAAUGGACAUGCCAAUGGUGAGUGGAGACCGCAUCCACUGUCUGGACAUCCUGUUUGCCUUCACCAAGCGUGUGCUGGGAGACAGCGGAGAGUUGGACAUGCUAAGGCAACAAAUGGAGGAACGUUUUGUGGCCGCCAAUCCUUCCAAGGUGUCCUAUGAGCCAAUCACCACCACUCUGAGGCGUAAGCAGGAGGACGUGUCAGCCAGGAUCAUUCAAAGAGCCUACCGUUCCCACCUGGCUUAUCGUGGUUUUGUCUGUAAGCGCAAACCAGCCAAUAACAAAGUGGAGAAUGGUGGUAACAAUCAGGAACAAGAAAAGAAGGAGGGCACUCCCUCAACUGCCUCCCUGCCCUCAUAUGACAGUGUAACAAAACCUGACAAGGAGAAACAGGAUGACAACAACGAGGGCAAGGGAGGAAGGAAAGAUAAAGGAAGAAACCAAAAAGACAUCAGGGAAUCUAAAUGUUAGGGCCAUGGAGGAAUAAUCACAGUAAUAACAAUAAAGAUUAUAGAAAUUUAACUUCAAGCAAAGUGAGAGGGAACUCACCCACACAGAUGUACAGAUUAUUUCAUUUGCAAGUCAGAAAAAAUAGUAUUCAAAUAGUUUUGUUUACAGACUUAAUUCCUUUACUGAUGCAGAAGGAAGCAACUCGGUCUGUGACAACUCGAGGACUCGUGAACUUUAGCCAAACCAAACAUAAUCAGCAUACUGUGUGGCAUUGUUGUAUCUAGACUACAGAUCUUAACAAAAGAACUUGAAAACAGACAAGGAAAUAUCUGGGGCUCACCUGCCAUUGGUCUAUAGACAAGACAAGUAACUCUACAUCAAGAGGUGGAAUGAAAAACAGGAAUCCAGCACCUGGAUGCAAGUAUUGGAUUCCUUUGAAAGACGGUACAGUGAACGAAAAAACAAGGAUGCUGCUUGAUAUUGACGAGGUGUCCUCAUAAAGCAGCCAAUGAGUGUUUUGUGUCAUUUAGUACUGCAGUAUAGUAGGGAGCCAAUGGCACACUCACUCUUUGAGCGACUAGAAGAAUGACUGGUGAGUGAAAGAAAGACAAAAACAACAGAGAGUGUUGACAGUUCUUUUUUGUUUUCUUAUAGCUAGACAUUGUUUAUUUGAGCAGCAAAAAUGCAAACUUAUAAAAAAGAACAACAUUCUACAGUUUGCCCAUGCCACUCAACUCCUGUACUCAUUUUAUCUUUGUUAUACCCACAUCAAAAUGCUUUUUUUACAUGGGCUUUCACACCAAAUUGGUAAAGGGUCUGUUUAUUAUGGGGUCAACUCGGGCCAAGGGCUUACAUUUACUCCAAAAACUUUCCAAACAAAUACAUAAAUAAUUGUGCUUGUUCAAUGCAUAGAAAUGACUUGCAUGAUGGCAUGUUUUGAUCAGAAAUCUUGCAUGAAUUAUCAUAGUCCACAAGACACUAAUACUCUGACCACACCGGUGGCUCGACAGUAUGAUCAAGACACGGUCAAAAAUUGAAAGCUCACAGUAAUUUGUUCAACAAAGAUAAGUGAUGUGCGGGUUGAUAAUUUAGAAUAAAUCAAAUUUUUAGUUCAUAUCUCCACACAUUUCAGAUGUCUAAAUGAUGCCUCUGUAGACAGAAGAAUGAAACUCAUAAUGCCGCCACAGUCGAUCAAAAAGUAAAAUGCAAACACAUUCUUUGCUGCUCUGGAGAUUUUGAGUGUGUAAGGUAAAGGAAAAUAUGUCUGUGUGUAACUUUGGACUGAGAUGUUAGUUCAUUUAGACUGAAAUAUUUUCAGGGGCGCAACAGUUUGAAGCUAAAAAGCUUAUGUUUAUAAUUUGUGUGCACCUAUGUGAUGUUACAUACCAUCUGCCUUUUUUGUGUGAGCAGGCAUUUUGGGAGUCCAACUGUCAGUGGUAUGUGGGGAUUUCACAGGUUUGGCAAACUCCUUUCUAUUUCUUGAUGUUUCUCUGGGGGUGGUUAGACCUUUCUGAAAGGGCUGAGAAGAGUGAAUUAUUUCUUUCCAAUAUUAAAUUUCCUGUAGCCUAUUUGCCUACAUGUCAUUAUAAAUCUGUGUUUUUGUUGUUUCCUUUCUCUUCAUGCCCCCCCCCCCCCCCCUCCCUGAUGUAAUUUCCAUGUUUUGGAGGAUGAUGAGUCUUAUUUACACAGUUUUAUAAGCCACAUCAAGCCAAGAGGGCAAGGGUCUUGUGCUGGAGUAUAAUCGCCAGGUGUUCUUGGUGUCCUGUUUAAGCGAGAAACUAAAUUAUGAAUGGGUGAUGAGAACAUUGUGUGUGGAGAAGCCAAAGAGAUCUGCCUUGCCAUCCCUUGUUGCCCUUUUUCCAUGGAGUGGGACUGGGUUCCCAUUCUUUUUUCGCUGUCGUUAUUAGACAGAAAGACCCUAGAAAUGUAUGCAAUGCUUGAAAAUCCAUCCCUUUUUCUCAGGAGAUAUUAUAGAUGUAUUAUUAUGAGCUCUGCAACAAAAUGCAAGUGAAUGUGAUGGGAGUAUUAAUGAAAUCAUGUUUUACACUUUUGUUUUACGCCAUGCUGAUGGACAAUGAUCUCGGUUGGCUGUCCCUGUCUGACAGCUGCCCAGUCAGGGGCCAGUUUCGUGCUUCCUGCUUAUGAUGCUUAGAACUAUAGGGCUAGAGUCAUCUCAAUGAAACAGCAAAAUAGCGCUUGCUUGUAAUGGCAGACACUUAUAUUGGUAGCGGAUUACAUUUUUGGCUUUGUCAACAUGGGCUGAAAUCUGGCCUCAAUAAAUUUCAGUCAACAAAACAAUAAUGUUCACCCUGAUAGCAAACACAGAUGCAGGAAACACUGUGAGGAGAUGUCAUGAAAGUGAAUUGGGAUUUGUUGGUUUCAGCAGCACACACACAGAAGUGUAAUGCUCCGUGGAUUGGCCCCAAAUUUCAGAAGUUAACUAUAAGUGCUCUGAGCCUCUCGUUUUUCUCAUACUGCUCUACUGCAUAACAGAUACCAAAUACCCAGCAGAGUGCUGGAUGCAUUCUUAUGGUACUGUGAGCCUAAGCACCACACCAGAGCUUUUGCACUUCCUGUUGUGCAGUGAUGUCACUUUCCUGUUUAUGAACUACUCCAUCAUCCGUUUUCAACUUUCCAUGGUCCAUUUGCUGCAUGAGAUCUCCAAAAUCAGUGUGGGUGUUAACUUGAACCAAAUAAAACUCUGAAUGAAAAGCAUAAAAGCUACUGCUGUCCAUUUUCUCCAAGAUCUCCAUGGAUACAAGAAUCACUUGGCAGGAAAAAAAGCUACCAUUUCAUUCAUUGGGUUAAAAAAAACUAAUUCAAGCUCUGUUCUAUAGGUCACAAACUGCAAAAGCUAUGACUUUUUAAGAAACUAUAAAUAAUGUAAUAUAUUAUUUUAACAGCAUGUGUAGUUUUUUGUAAAUACAGGAUUACCUAAAAAACUACAGCUAUUAAUCUAACACUAAAUAUUAAUAACCAUAAAUAGAAUGGCUUCCAGCUGACGCCCCUUGUCACAAUUGUUAGGCUGUGAUGCAUUGUUAGAUGGUAUAGAUUUUUUGAGUCACUUUUCACAAAAAGAGGAGAGUAAGCUAAAAGGGUCCAUGUUAAAAAGCAUAAAUUGUAUUUGAAAUAGUAUAAAUCGAUAUGUGUAUACACAGAGUUAUAUUAUGUGUGCAUACAUAUGCACACAUAAUAUAUACACACACACACACACCAGAAAGAUGUUUGUAACUCAACUCUCCUGUCCAUUUUUUUUACUUUUACUUAUUUCUUUGUCCGGUACGUUCAGAGAAAAACCAAAACUCUGGCCUGCCCAGGACUUCUGCAUACUGGGUACUGGUGUACAGUGCAUGGUGUUGUGCUGGCUGCUUGCUGAGAAUUGUGGAGCCUGCUUAGGUGAGAGGAUUGCACUACCAGCAUACCCUUUUGUACCUGUGUGAAGAUGUCCUCCCCUAGUUUUUUAUGUUGUAAACACAAAGAGAUACAUAUGCUGGCAGACACACACUCAUGCUCAGAGUCUUUUGCAAGUAACUUCUGGUAAACCAGUAUGCCCCAGUGUGAACCACAGCUCACUUUGUGUGACAGACCUUUGCUUGCUGCAGCUCCAACCGUCCACAUCUCCCCCGAGCACACUGCUGCAGCUUGAAGUUGGUUUAUAAUUUUGCUGUCACUUUCAAUAUGAUGUAUCUAAUGAUUUAAGGGUUAGUUGUCUAAACUGUCUGUGUGUUUGUUUAUGGUGCAAUAUCUUAACGGCACGUGCCUUUUUAGCUUUCUAUUUAGUCGAUCAAUAAAAUCAGCAAUGAGGAUCUCAGCACCCAUGGAGUGAAUCAAAACGGAGCACGAUAGAAACUAUACUUUGGUUUUGAAAUGAACUCAAACUGAAAACUCACCACCUAGAUUAGACUGUUUGGACUAACAUCACGUAGAGUCUUGUAGUAAGUGCUCUGUCUGUGUGUUCUGUUUACUGGCUCAUGUGCAAGUAAGAGAACAGCUUGCCUUCUGUUUUACACUUUUGUUCAUUUCGAAAUGUUGGUUUCCAGUCGGCAUAUGAGGCCAUUCUUUUGUAGCAUGACUGAGAUAAAUUUUCUUUUCUUUGAAAAUAGGUUAACUGAAAAAAGGAAAAAAAAAACAACAACUUUUGACUGUCAUUAUCUCUUGCCACUAAUACAGUCAGAAAGAGGACAUGUGUUGCACAACCACAUGGGAAAAUUAAAUGACAAGAAUGUCUUCAUUUGAGCAUGAAUCUAUUUCCGAACAAUAAAGCAGCCUUCCAGUUAUCCCUCCGGCUGAUGUCAUUUUUGGUUAAAGAAUGAAUGGCUGUGAGAUUCAUGUAAUGUGUCCCGUCCUAUCUGAGAACAGAUGGUUUAGCUGCUAUCGGAUCAACGUGAGGUCCAAAAUGGUUCCAAUUUUAUGUGAAAUACCAGGAUCAAUAAGGACAUUUUGUCACUCUUUUCUUUUUUUUGUGUGUGAACAAAAACAUAACAAACCUGAAAAAGAGCGUUUUAAAGCUGCACGACAUGGAGAUGUGCAGACAGAGUUACAUAAUGUUUAGCUCUGCAAAACACGGCACAAUUUUCUUACAGAAACAACUAAAUCUCACCCUUGUUUUUUGUUCACCAAAUAUUGUCUGCUGUAUGUUUUUUUGUUGUUGUUUUUUUUGGGUGUGUCAUGGUGCAACAAUACUAAUGCUAAGAUUGCAGGUGUGUGU